AUGAUCGCUAUGUUGUCAGCUUUCUCAGCUGCGCCAUAUGCAGUUGGGCUAGGCUUGUUUCUUGCUGUUUAUUUCCUCGUACUUCCUUAUGUGGAAUAUCUCCGUGACCCCAAGGGUUUAAGGAGAUACCCUAAUCUCACACCUUUCUCCGGAUUUUCAGCAGUUCCAUUCAUGAUCAUGGCUUCGCGGGGUUUCCGAUCAAUGGAACUGACCGAGUUGCAUAAAAAGAACCCCGUCAUCCGAACAGGGCCGAAUCAGCUGUCUUAUGGUGAUGUCAAGGCCAUUAAGGACAUCUAUGGCCAUAAUACCAAGUGCAUCAAGGACCCUUCUUAUGUGAUCACAUCUGGAACCCACUACAAUCUGGCAGAUGUUGUGGAUAAGCCAGACCAUGCCCGAAAGCGCAAGGUCCUUUCUUCCGCAUAUGCACUCAAGAAUCUGGAGACGUGGGAAUACAAAGUGACCGACAAGGUCCAAAGAAUGUUCAAACACUUUGACCAAGUCUGCACCGCGCCUGCAUCUGAGGACGUAUCAUCUGGGAAAACAGCCCCCGACCAGAAAGACCUCACGCUUGAUCUCCGAGCCUGGACCAACUUCUUCACCCUCGAUGCAAUUGCCGACAUUGGUCUGUCUGAGAAGUUGGGCUUCUUGGAUUCCGGUACCGAUGUUUGCAUUGCCGAAAGGAAAGAUGGCUCUACUUAUAAAACCAACUUGCGCGAAGCCCUCUAUCCUACAGCUCGAAAGCAAUCCCUAAUCCUCUGGAACUAUCAAUGGUACCCAGUUGUCAACAGGCUAGUAAAUAUCAUUCCAUUCUUUCGCCGUAUGCAAACCUCCGCCGACAACUGGGAGAACAUUAUGUGGCGCCGAGCCAGCGAAAGAUUGCGGCGCUACGAGGCCGGUGAAAAGCUGGAGGACUUCUUUCAGGCUCUUAUGGAAGACAAGAAUGGAAAUGCCAACAACCUCGAAUGGGGCGAGGUCGUUGCCGAGUGCAACAUCAUGAUGAACGCUGGCAGUGUGACUACCGCAGUUGCCAUCGCGAACGUUAUGUACCAGCUGCUCCGCAACCCUCGAACCCUAGCCAAGCUCCGCGAGGAACUUGAUGCCGUUUUGGAUGAAGACGAAGUUGUGGCCGAUUAUGACAAAGUCAAGCAUCUGCCUUACCUCCGCGCCUGCUUGGAUGAAUCCCUACGAAUCUUCCCGCCGACUUCUCACGGUCUUCCUCGCGAGACACCCCCUGAGGGUACAAACAUUCUCGGAGAAUGGGUGGCUGGUAACACUACAGUCAGUAUGUCUGCUCUCGUGGCACACCGUGACGAGAGUGUCUUCCCCAACGCGGACCAGUAUAUUCCUGAGAGGUGGCUUGGAGAAGAGGGCAAGGCUUUACAACCGUACUUGAUUGCCUUCUCUGCUGGUGCCCGGUCUUGCAUUGGUCGCAAUAUCUCGUACCUGGAGCAGACUAAGGCCAUUGCUUCUAUGGUGCAUCGAUACGACUUUGCUUUGUCACACCCUGGCUGGGAGCUGAAGCGACUGGAGACAAUGAAUUUGAUUUUGGGUGAUAUGCCGGUGAAAAUUUGGCGUCGUGGUUUGGGUACAGCUGAAGCAUAG